CCUCUCCAGCUGAUAGAAGGCGCUGCUCGCUGCAUCCUCGCCUCUUCCUCUCAGAGGUGUUGCGCCGGGAGAAUUUGCUCCUGAACCGCGGCCAGGAUCCGAGCGGCUUUUCUUUCUCCAGCGUUCCUAGGAAGAGGCCUGGGGCUCGGGAGUCGCUGCGACAAGGCCCGGGAGGGAGCUCGGAAGGACGCGAUGAAGAUGCUGGGGUCCCCCUGGACUCGGUUCUACUCCAACAGCUGCUGCUUGUGCUGUCACGUCCGCACUGGUACCAUAAUCCUGGGAAUCUGGUAUCUGAUCCUCAAUGCAGUGGUUCUGCUGAUUAUACUGAGCUCCUUGACAGAUCCUGGCCAGUACCAUUUAGCAGGUACUGAAUUAAGCAAUGACUUUGAAUUUAUGGAUGAUGCCAAUUUGUGCAUUGCAACUGCAGUCUCUCUCCUCAUGAUUCUCAUUUGUGCAAUGGCCACCUAUGGUGCAUAUAAGCAACAUGCAGCCUGGAUCAUCCCUUUCUUCUGUUACCAAAUCUUUGAUUUUGCACUCAACACUUUAGUUGCUAUCAGCAUACUUGUUUAUCCAAACACGGUUCGGGAUUAUCUGCAGCAACUGCCUGCAAAUUUCCCCUACAAGGAAGAGAUUAUGUCGAUGAAUUCAACCUGCCUAAUUGUCAUUCUUCUUCUUUGUUUAAGUAUGACAUUGGCUUUCAAGGCUUAUUUGAUCAGUUGUGUAUGGAACUGUUAUCGCUACAUUAAUAACAGAAACAACUCCGAUGUCCUGGUCUACAUUACUACUAAUGACACAGCGGUGCUGUUGCCAUCAUAUGAUGACCCUGCAAAUGGCCCAGGCAAAGAUCCUCCUCCUCCUCCUUAUGUGUCUGCAUAAGUGUGAAGUGUACCUAAAGAACCAACCAUAUUACUUUUCAGAACAUCCAAGCAAUAGAUCCUUUCACUUUCCAGAUGGACAUGCAAGAUCCCAGAUUCAUUUAUAGAUUAUUUUUAAAAUGUGUUUUGUGUUUUCUUGUUUUGCCUAAAACAUAACUGAACUGGCUUGGUUUAGCAGAGUUUACUAUAAUCACAUUGUAGUAGUAGUUGCUGUGUUUUUUUUUCAUGUAAUCUGUAUUUUUUUUCCCACCAUACCUGUAUGUGGAAGUUUUGCUAGUUUAAAUGGCAGAAUUUCCAAAUCAAUAGGAAGAAUCAUGUCUCAAUUUACAAUUCUCAGCUGGAUUUAGAUUUACCCUUCCAUUAAUCCAGAGGCAGGCAAACUAUAGGUCACAUGACCAUCCCGCCAGCAUCUCACAUCACACUGUUGACAUUUGGUGGCAAAAUGGCCAAAUUUCAGGGGAUUUCAGGCUGUAGGGUGAAUCAAGGUUAGAGAAAAACGUUAUUUGUUUCCCUCCCCCACGUAUAGGGACUUACUGUCCUAACUUAGAGUGAAGAACCACGCUGAGACAGUGACUUGGUCUCUAGUGUUUACUGAACUGCUCUAGUAGAUAAAAAAUCCUGCCAAACUGAAGGACCGUGGGAAACCCACACAGAUAAACCCAAAACUCAAGGCGGGUCUGCUCUGAGUUUCUUUGAAGGAAAGUUCAAAGCCUCUAAACUACGCAUGUGUUUUCCCCCCCGGAUAGGGGCCCCCUCCUGCUCACCAUCAGUACUCAUGACACUUAUGUUCCUUUCCCUACUCUAACCCCCCCAAACUUUAAAAAAAAAAGAAUAAAAUUAUGGCCGUGCUAUUCCAGAAAUCAUAAGUCAUUAAAAGGUAUCCCAUGGUCCUUCAGGCAGCCAUGUUGCAUCCUUAAAUAUUGUUCAUCCGUGUGUAAACUGAAUGGCUCUUUCUGUUGGCUGGGGAAUUCUGGGAGUUGAAGUCCACACACCUUAAAGUGGCUGAGGUUGAGAAACACUGGUUCAUAGAAUGGGCAGGGUCAGACUCCCUUUUGGGGGAUAGAAGAAUGUCGUUCUCCCCAUCCCCUUGUAGCACCGAUCCUGUGCCAAUUCCCACAUUUUUCCAGAGCCAUUUUACAGCAGGGCACUGAUAAAAAAAUCAGUGCAAAUCACCUCCAUGUUAUAGAGGAAGAGGUAAAAACCUUGGCCCAACAUCUUAAAAGUUUCUUUACAGCAGGGCUUGGUAUCCAGUAAAGUCUUCAAGUGUCCAACAGAAUUGUGCAGUCUUCUCUCCAAGUAAUUAAAUAUAAAUAGCCAAAAUUGCUUCAUCACUAAACUGCAUGAGCAAAUUGUGUGAGAUCUUGAUCUCAUCCCCAGGAACUCAACACAAACACAUGAGAAUGUGAUUUUUGUGUAAAGUAAAAGGAAAGUUGUUUAGAGGUGAACUGUCUUCAAGGAUGGACUAAACUCCAUGUGUUUGUUCCAGUGAGUAUGCUCUUAGCUGAGAGCAGCUUUCCUCAGCCUGAUGUUUUCAUAAAAAUUGAACCACAGUUCCCAUUAUCCCCAGAUGGAAUAGCCAGCCACUGUGCUGGCUGAAGGAUAUGAAAAGAGUUGCAAUUUAAAACAGUGGGAAGGUGCCAGGCUGGGGACUACAGAUCUAAUUUAUUCCCUCAAUGGCAAAUUGAGCCAAUCCCCAAUGCUUCAGAUUUCUUUAUCCUGAGGUCAAGCUAUUCAUUUUCUUGCUGUUACAGUUCUGGCAAGAUCCUUUUGCCUACUUAAGCAAUCCCACCAAGCAAUUACAAAUAGUGGGAACAGACCAUGUUUAAAUGUCAUUGAUUUCAAGGAACGUUUUAAACAACUUUUCCAAAUCCUCCCCCACCCCCAGCCCAAUUGAAAUCAAGGGUAAUACUUGUAUGUACUGUGACUUUGGAUCAGUUUAUCCAUUAUUUCAGUCACUUUCUAUAAGUAAAAUCUAACUGAGGAGCCAAAAUGUUUGUGAUAUUUUGGGAAAUUAAAUAUGCCAUUUUAGGGUCCCUGUGCUAAUGCUGGAAAGAGCACUCUUAAUGGUUACCUUGAACACAUCAUUCUGUGUGUGUUCUGCUGUCUGCUUCAGUGGAAGAAUUUAACACUCCUAUUUGUUUGCAUUUGGAUAAUUCCAGUGACCAUGCUAAUGCCUGGGAAUGUGGCAAGUAGUAAUACUAAGGUUUUCAAUAUGUCUUACAGCCAUUAUCAUAUAACCUUGCAAUAACCUUAUAAGGUAGGCCAUUAUUUCCAUGUCUAAUUAUGUUAUUUUGAAUUCUCAUAAAUAAGCCGCCUCAAGUUGCCUUCAUGGCUGAGGCAGCAUACAAGUUGACUGGAAGAAUAAGAAUAUCAUUUACCAUUCUUACACAGGAACCAUUAAAUCAGACAUAAACAUGACUAUCUGCAGUCCCAUUGAUUUCAAGCCUGUGUUUCUUAAGCAUACCGGUGUAGGUUUGCUUGAGAACUUGGAAUAUAAUCUCAAAGCUAUAAAUCAGUAAAAUGACUGUUUACUUUUCACUUUGUAGAAAUGGAAUCCCCUUCACUUUUUGAGUGUUCAUGCAUUACAGUGCACUAAGCCAUAGUUUGCUUAAAUGAAUCACAGUUGGCUAGGUUUGUAUACAUACCAACAUUAAGAAAGCCAUAUUGUGGCUUACUGCAAUAUGUAAACUCAAAAAAAGGAUUAUGAAGAAGCUGGGGACAAUUGUUCCACAACACUUCUUCAUUUGGCCUAUGCAUAAAACAGAUUACAUACAGGAUGCGCCCGAGUCCCAGGUAUUGAAGAUCAUUAGCCUAUUGCUAGAAUACAUGCCUUAAAUGCCGUAAGUCAAAGGUUCGGUCCUAGUCACAUUCACAUAAUCUUCCAUUUUUCCCCAACAGUUUUUGAAAUAUUUGUGGAAUUGGGAAACAGGACUGGCUGGUAAUGAAGUGAGAGCACUGGAAACAAAGCAAAUUUGUUCCUCCUUGGAUGAUUUAGAGGGAAGAACUGAGAGAUGCCCAUACCUCCAGCGCAGGCAAUUUGUUGUUGUGUGCUGUUUGCUGAUUGGGCAAUGAAGUGUGUCCCACUUGCUAAACCAAUGCACUGACAAGGAAUUUUCCACAUAAUAGGUUUUUCUUUUGUUACGCUGGUCACUAUUACACUGGAUUAGGCCUUACAGCCAAUUUAAACUCCUAUUUCCUUUAGUUUUGGUUUGUCUGGGCUGGAUAUUAUGCUAGGUGUUCAUUUUGGUUUACUAUUUUUAUUUUGUGAAAUUUUUAAACAUCUGUAUGGAAGUAAGUACUGUAUACAUAUUUCUUGUUCAAUACUUGUGUUAAAAUUAUCUCUAAUAAAAGGAUUAUUUCCUCA